AUGAAAAAACAGAACGUUCGUACAUUAACACUUAUUGUUUCAACAUUCAGCUAUUUGCUCGUUGGUGCGGCCAUAUUUGACGCGCUCGAAUCUAAUACAGAAGAUUUGUUGCGCAAACAAUAUCAAUUGGCUGAAACGAGCAUGCUCCAUACUUAUAAUAUAUCUCAUCAUGAAUAUGUUGAACUUGAAGAUAUUGUUAUUAAAUAUCAACCACAUAAAGCUGGUGCACAAUGGAAAUUUCCUGGAGCAUUCUAUUUUUCUCUAACUGUUAUAACAACAAUAGGCUACGGUCAUUCUUGUCCUACUACAAUAUGGGGAAAAUCUUUUUGUAUGCUAUAUGCUGUUAUUGGUAUUCCACUUUGUCUUGUUAUGUUUCAAUCUGUUGGUGAACGUCUGAAUAAUUUUGCUAGUUGGUGUAUAAAAACAAUAAAAAAAUGUUUCAAAUUUCGUUUUUAUGAAUCAACACAAACUGAACUUGUUAUUGUUGGUACUGUUCUUGCUGUUGGUGUCGUUACAGGUGGUGCCGCUAUGUUUCAUCAUUAUGAAUCAUGGGGUUAUUUUAAUUGUGUUUAUUAUUGUUUUAUAACAUUAACAACAAUUGGUUUUGGUGAUUUUGUUGCUUUACAAACAAAUGAAGCAUUAAAUUCCAAUGUUUUUUAUGUAGUUUUAUCUAUGACAUUUAUUUUAUUUGGUUUAACAGUUGUUGCUUCAUCAAUGAAUUUACUUGUAUUAAGAUUUUUAACAAUGAAUACUGAAGAUGAACGUCGAGAAGAGAUUCAAUCAGCUGUAGCACGUAGUUCACUUCGAUUUGGUAGUGAUAUUAUUAGUGCAAAUGGCACACUUAUUCCAUCUUUAACUCCUGAUCAAUUUGAUUAUUUAUCAGCUGAAUUAACACCACCAGAAUCUGAACCAUGCCAUUGUUGUGCAUGUUUUAUACGUCGAAAAAGAGAACGUAAAAAAUUUACUGUUCGUCGUAUGCCAGGAAAAAUUGCUCAUCUUGUACCAAUGCAACGUUUUGAUUCAAAUACGACAAAACAAAAUUUAUCAGUAGCUAAACCGUCCAAUACUGAUUUUCAUAUACAUUCACCAACAAAAUCACCACCAAUGACAACUGCUACAUCAAUAUUUUCAGCUAAAACAUCAUUAGAUGAUCCUCCACCACCAUCAUUUUCAUCUAUUCAACAUCCUGUUCAUACAUCCACAUCAACUAAUUCAUUAAAACUACCAUCAUUAUCUCAAGAACAAGCAACAAAUGUGAAUAAUAAUAAUGAUUUUGACAAAACAAUUUCUCAAGCGAAAUUAAAAACAAUAUUAUCUCGUUUUCGACAAGAUGUCGAGAUGAUUCCAUUUCGAUUCGAUGCCAGUGUCAAACGAUCUUCCGUGUGA